AUGCUUAGCCCUCGUCUAUUUACGCCGUUCCCAAGGUUUCAAUUUCCUCGUCCUUCUGUCCUCUCAAUUUAUCGAAGUCCUCUGCUCCCUUAUCGCGGUCGUUCGUAUACUGUGGACACUGCUGUCAAUAACGAAGAGCCCUCUCCACUGCGUGGACAUGGCGGAGUCAUACGUCGUGAACCUUACUGGUACAAGAUUCCAAUCUGGAAGGAUGUCACAGAGACAGAAUUCUUGGAUUACAGCUGGCAGGGGAAAGAAAAGCUCGUCAGGUUCCUACAUACAGUCCUUCCAGAAGAAAUUCCUUACGAUGAAGACGCACCUGAGCCUUUACGCCACAUCCGAACGCGGGAUGUCUUUAUCCAAGACGUAUUAAACGGAAUCUCACUCGCCCCGAUGUCCAUCCGCAUUACCCCACACAUCAUGUGUGUUAUUGACUGGACAAAGCCCCUCUCGGACCCCGUUCGACGCCAAUUCAUCCCUUUGAAAUCAUCUUUCGUCAAGGAUCAUCCGAAGCUUCAAUUAGACUCUCUAAAUGAGACUGAAGAUUCUCCAACACCAGGACUAGUCCAUCGGUACCGUGACAAAGCCCUGUUCCUUGCCGUCUCCGUCUGCCCAGUCUACUGCAGAUUCUGUACGCGUUCUUACUCUGUGGGGGGACCUACUGAAGAAUUGUCUAGCAAGAGAUCCUUCUCGCCAACACGUCGCCGCUGGGAGCGCAUGUUCGAAUACAUCGAGCGCACACCACAACUGUCCGACAUUGUCGUUUCUGGAGGAGAUAGCUAUUAUGUUCCUCCAGAACAUCUCAGCAGCAUCACAGAGCGGCUGCUCUCCAUCCCACAUAUCCGCCGCAUUCGCAUUGCCAGUAAAGGCCUGGCAGUGUGUCCUUCCCGCAUACUCACUCCAGAAGACGCAUGGACGCAGGCAAUCAUCGAUGUUUCAGCCACUGCACGACGGUUAGGUAAGUCGGUGGCAUUGCAUACUCAUUUCAAUCAUCCAGCAGAGGUGACGUGGAUCACUCGACUGGCGGCACAGAAACUGUACGAGGAGGGAGUGGUGGUACGGAAUCAGACCGUCUUACUUCGCGGCGUUAACGACAAUGUGGAGACAAUGAAGACGUUGGUAAGGAUGUUAGCUGACAAUAACAUCAUGCCAUACUAUGUCUACCAGGGUGAUAUGGUCUCCGGGGUUGAGGACUUGAGGACACCGCUGUCUACAAUACUUGAGAUUGAACGACAUAUCCGUGGAUCAAUCGCUGGUUUUGCCACACCCAACUUCGUCGUCGAUCUUCCUGGAGGUGGCGGUAAACGUUUAGCGGCAAGUUACGAUACUUAUGAUCGCUCGAUUGGACUGUCGACGUAUAUUAUACCUGGGAAGAAUGGAGGCAAAGAUAGAGUUUAUGAGUACCACGAUCCAUUGUAGCACACAAUUUGUCCUAUAAAUUGUUCCAUUUGGAUCAAGACGUGUACACUAUGAUGAGGAACAGUCAAUGCGGAGCACCAUAAAUAGGUAAAACCUACUCGGGCCCCCAGACGACUUAUGGAUCGCAAACUAGUGAGUUUUGAUAUCUGAGAAACCUGAGAUUGAUCUUGAGUGCGGACGAGAACAAUACCAGCGAGUAUAAUGAUUAAUGAUUCCAAGAAAAUCUGAUUGCAUGAGCCAGGCAGAGAGGAUUGUCGGCUCACAAGCGCCUGCCUAAAA